AGACUGUCCACCAGGCCACAGCCGUAGCCUAGGAAACGGGUGUAGCUACAACAACAGAAGAUUACCUAGUUACAUAAAGUUUAUUAUUAUAAUAUUAUCUAUCUUACUUAAUAUCCGUUAGUCAUUAUUAUAUUGGCGUUAAGAGUUCUGUGAAGUUUUAAAUUCAACAUCACAUUUCAUUCGUUGGCAGUGGCGAAAUUAUUGACUAAUUAUUGGUAUGACUGGCAGACUUUGAGUGCGCGGGCGACGAAGUUCUUGUGGAGUGUUCGCCGCCCGCCUCGCCCAACAUGGCGGCCCAGCUCGCUGCUCCGGCGCAGGGAGCCGGCGCUGGCAGUGGGUCUCCCAGUGGUCGGGAUCUCAUUGUUAUACCUGAGAUUACCAGUACUUUGCACCUGCAACAUGCUAUACAGGUGACAACAUCCGUGGUGGGAGUGAACGGCGACAGCUCGGGACAUUCCAGCCCUACUCCUGACACUCAGCACACCUAUAUAGUCGCCAGAUUGAGGAACGACGGCGACGAGGAGUUUCAGCUCAAGAGCGAGGGCAGCACUGAUGAAGAAUGCGAGGGAGGCAACGGUGUUAACUACCACGUUCAGUAUGUGGAGCCCCAGGAGAUGUACACCCAGGCGCCGCAAACGACUAUGGAAACGCUCCGCGCCUACCCGAUGUUCGAGGUGACCAGCGUGGAGACGGUGAGCACCGAGGGCGCCGACGAAGCGUGGGGCGGACAGUACGCCUUCGCGGAGAGCGCGCCGGUGGAGGGGGGCGCGGGGGCGGGGGCGGCGGGGGCGGCGGGGGCCGGGGCGGCGGGGGCCGGGCCCACGUCCCCCAGCGGCCCCGCGCGCAUGCCGCCCGCCACCGUGCAGUGGCUGCUCGAACACUACGAGACCGCUGAAGGCGUGUCUCUACCGCGGUCCACUCUGUACGCCCACUACCUACGUCACUGCACGUCCCACCGCCUGGACCCCGUGAACGCGGCGUCGUUCGGCAAGCUCAUCCGCUCCGUGUUCGUGGGCCUGCGCACACGCCGCCUCGGCACGCGAGGCAACUCCAAGUACCACUACUACGGUAUACGGGCCAAGCCCAGCGCUCAUAAGGACUCUGCUCAUCACAAGCUGGAUUUGGAUGAUAAUCAGGAUGGCCGAGAUCGGUCGCCGGACCGUAAUCAGAUUGAAGCAGAGGGUAGUCUGGGAGCCAAUCAUCGGCAGUAUCUCGGCGGCGUGAUGGCUCCCGACCCGCCCGAACUGUUCAUGGAAGACAUACCAGACGACGUGCCGCCCGACGCGAUACGAACCUUAGUGGAGCAUCACAGGCAAAACGGAGUCGAGUUCCUGGAGGCGGUGGCCGCGCUAGAUACGUGCGGCGUGGAGCGAGCGCGUCGCAACUUCUGGAAGUGCGAGUCCACAGCCCUGUGUCGGCGGACCCUGGCGCGACUGGCCGCGCGCCGCCACCUGGCGCUGUGGCUGCGGCGCGCCGACCUGCGCCUGUACCAGCGCGCCGCGGACCUGCUGCUGCCCGACGUGCUCAGCCCUAUCCCCUCUCACCUCACGCAGGCCAUACGCAAUUUCGCGAAAACUCUGGAGUCUGCACUGUCAGCGGGGUCGGCCGGUGCUCCCACUAUUUCUGCUCGUGCUCAGAAUGUAGCCGCGGCCUGUCUGUCGGCCGCACUGCGGCGCUACACUUCGCUCAACCACCUGGCGCAGGCCGCCCGAGCCGUGCUCGCUAACCACCACCAGAUACACCAGAUGGUGUCAGAUUUGAGCCGCGUUGAUUUCCGCGUUGUUCGCGAGCAAGCAGGCUGGGCGUGUGCGGCGCCAGGAGAGACACACCGCAGCGCACAUGACUUCGAUGCUGAUUUUAAGACCUCGUUCCAGGCGACCCUGGGGCGCGGCAUGUCGCUGGAGCAGUGGGCGGGUUGGCUCGAGCGCGGUGUGCGAGCCGCACUGGCGCCGCACAGCGGCCGCUCCGACUACACGCCGCGCGCGCGCCGCUUGCUGCUCGACUGCUCCUUCUACUCCUCGCUCGUCAUCCGCGAGCUCACGCUCAGGUCAGCUGCGUCGUUCGGCUCGUUCCACCUCAUCCGCCUGCUGUACGACGAGUACGUGGCCUACUUGGUGGAGCGACGCAUCGCAGACCAUCGCCGGGAGCCGCCUGUCGCCGUCAUGCAGCGAGCACACGACGACGACGAUGAGAUACCAGAGCGGAGCAACAUGGAGGAGGCGCGGGCGAGAGAGGGAGAGAGAGAGAGCGCGGCCGACGACGACGGAGACGAGUGGGAGUGGGCCGAGGACGACGACGACGACGACGACGAAGACGGCAAGAAGCCGAGGAUGGCCGAGUGAGCGGACAACGAACACUACUGAAAUUUUCAAUUUGGAUUCUCGAAGUCAAGGAGUUACCAGCUAAGCAUAUGUCACAUUAUAGACGGCCGCAGCAUAACCACCAUAAUGACAGUUUUUUUUUUAUAAAAAAACGGCCUCUCACACGAAGGGUUCCGUACUAAAAUAUAACACUACGUAAAUGUUAAAUACAUUUUGUAAAUAAUUAUUUUUAUGUAUAUGGCGGCCAUUUUGAAUUCGAUGUCUUGGCUGCGAUAGCGGAGUGUAACAGAAUCUCUUGGCCACGAUCACGUAUCCUUAUUACGGAACCCUAAAAAUUAAUCAAUCUUACUGUUAGCAUUCAAAAUUCAGUCAAAAAAUUAAUGAACGGAGACAAGUUUGUGAUUUUUUCUCAGUAUACAAUUAAGUCUUACUUUAAAGGCCUAACAAAUAAAAUUGAUAUAAAGCUCAAACAAAACAAAUGUAUGUAAAAUGUUUACAAAUAGACAUUUUGCUUACGAUUGGUUUAUUUGAACGUAUAACAUUUCCCGCGUUUAUUUGCAAGGCUGCUUGACAUUCGGAGAACUUAAGAAUUAUUAUUGUACUGACAGUGUUGCCAGGGAUAUAGUUAACAGUUUGCAUAGUCUUUGUUUAUUCUCAGUUAUAACUUUAUUUGUAAGGCCAAAAAUGUUUACCGCAUUCUAUUAUUUUAUAUAUGUGUUUUCUAUCACACGUGCUACGCGCACGCGGAACGUGUGAUCGAUUGCAGAUGGGACAUUGUCUUGCGUGUGACUAGCUCCGCACAGUGACAGGAAAACCGCCCUAAGUCUUAAUAUUAUGCCGAACCAAAGAAAAAUAUUUUCAUGUACCCUUUAACAAUUAAAGCUUGUAGACUAGACACAUCAAACUGAAUGAGACGAGUGUAAAGGAACAUAUAAUGACUAAUGUAAUUUGCAAAAUAGAGUGACCCACACAUGUCGUGUUUGUGUGAUAAUUGACAUAAUUCAAUGUUAUUUUAAGGUCAUUGUUGACACGAUGUGUCAUAUUUGUCAUCGUUGUCAUUUGUGUGUCAAUGUGUAGGAUGUAUAAGAAAAUGGCGGAUAAGAGUAACAUACUUUCUGUAAUGCUAGGCCCGGAACGUGAAUAAAGCAAGCGACACAUGUGGCGUUCUAUUCUACGUGUCGAAGUGACGGGUCGGGUUCGGUGUGAUCUCGGUCACACCGCGGUAUGCUACGCAUUAGGUCCUUUUGUCAAUCGGAAUAUAUUAUCCCGCUUAACUUAAACAAGUGUACCCAUAAAAUGCUUUCAAUUUGAUAUACCCGGAAUCAGGACUAAUUAAAAGUAUAUACAUACACUUUAUAGUGAUGUAUAUAAAGUGCAAUAUAUGAAGUAGCUAGCUCAAUACUAUUCUAGUCAAUAAAGACAAGCUACCAGCGUAUGAACACAGUCAUUUGUAUUGUUUAAAGUUCUAUAUUGUAUGUAACAGACGUUGUAUUUAUUAGUAUUAAGAUGUGUGUGAGCUUAUUAAGUACUGAUGGCUUGUAACGUCCAUCACUUUUAAAUUCAAAAUGGCGGAUAUUAGUUUACGACAGCAGCAUUAGUAAUAUCUAGUUAGUGUACUAAAAUAUUUGAUUUGAAUAAUGCAUCUUUAUGUAUAAUAAUAUGUUGGGCUUGCGUCAUUCAUUGUCAAUAAAUGACAUAUAGUUUUUACAGUUAUGUAUAUCGAUGUAUUUUUUUUUAUUUAAUGUCAAGAGAAAAUAUAUUGCUUAAGGUUGGCGUGGUUACUAUGGUUAUCGUUUUAGACAUUAUAAAGGAGUCUGCUCACUACGUAUACAUGAAGGUUCCAGAAACAUGUCAGCUUAAAAAUUGUCACCGUCCAAUAUCACUGCGUACCAUGUAGGUAUGCCUAGUUGGCAAGGUCCUAUGUCAUACACGAAGGUGGUGCCGAGUAAGGCUUAGGCCGCACUACUGUUUUUUUCACGGGAGCGGUUGACGGCUCUAACCGCGAAACCGCUCGAGACGCACAUACGACGAUUUUAAACAGCGAAACCAUCCGCGAUUUUCACAGUUAGCAGAUGGAUUUCUAAAAAGUAAGGUAUUGUUGCUUUGAUCCUAAUAAUCAGAAAAAAAGACGUCAAUGUAGAUAAGAGGUUUCUUUUAUAAGAAAUAUAAAAUUUUAAGAGAACACCCGGAUAAAUUUUUCAAUUACAUACUAUCGGAUGUCAGUAGCCAACUUCCAUUAAGUUUUGCACAAAUUUGCGACCUUCAUUGCAUACAAAAUUGGGAUUCUGGGAUAAACUUUCGAACUUUGCGUUUGAAACAGACUCCAACUCGAUUGACGACAUAAUUUCAAUAGCGCGACCACAGACGUUCUAUGAAUAACGAAUUAAGCGGCGGGUUUUUUUUCGCGAAAAUUUUGUAACAUUUCACGGUUUUAAAAUUAUUCGAGGGUAAAAACCGUAAGUACGGCAGCUUGUAUUCGUUUUCUGUUUCAUAAACAGUAAAAAACCGCUGCGGUUUAACCGUAGUGCGGCCUAGGUCUAAUGGGCGGACUCCUUAAAGUGAUCGGACGCUCUUCGAUAACAGCCGGUGACCAUUUAAACUCAGCCUUAAUAUUAACAAAUAGGGCGCGUGGCGCCUGUUGUGAAUAGCUUAGUUUGCCCUUAUCACGUGGCAUCCAUCUUGUCUGUACAUAUUUCAACAGUGACUGACAUUCGGUAUCCUUCGCUAGUUUAUUGUCCGUGGCACAGCCUAUUAUGAUAAGAAACCAUAAAACGGAUUUCUUUAGAAGUUUCCAAAUGGACCGU